CCUGACACACCACUGCACUUUAUAGGCGAGACAAACAGCCUGUCCGAAUACCUCGUCCGUGACCUGCCGCGAUGGGAGGACAGAGGCUGGAUCGACGUGCCGAACAACGCACCGGCGAAGGCACUAGUCAAUACCCUUCGCAAGCGCUGUGCUGUGACAACCUUCAGACAAGCAACCGGAGUGGGAGACAUGCGUAGGCUGGAGCUUGCAAGACGUGAGGCGAAAACGCUGCGUCGGUCUGGAACGGCGCCCACCCCCGUGAACAUGGAACUUGACCCGACCUUCGACCUGUCGGGGGCGAGACUAGACAAACUGACGCAAAAGCUCGCGUACCGCGGUAUCAUAGCCCGUAAGUGCGUGGCGCCCCGCAGACGGACGAUCCAAAGUCUAGCAAAUAUUAGAGACGGGGUACUCACACUGCAAGGGAAGUUGAUCGCAAACGAAGACAUAUGGCGGAGCCUGAGAUGCCCUGACAUUAGAAAGCCGAUCAGCGACUUCCUGUGGAAGAGCGUCCAUGGGGCACAAAAGUGUGGGAGUUAUUGGGAGCAUAUACCUGGCUAUGAGGAACGAAGCCGGUGCCAAACGUGUGGACAGCUGGACUCACUAGGACACAUCCUCCUCGAAUGCGAGGCAAUCGGGUCGGCCACAAUAUGGAGCAUGGCGAAAGCACUCUGGCAGAAGAAACAACUGACUUGGCCAGAGCUGAGCCUGGGUGACAUACAGGGCCUGUGCCUGCGAAGGUGGACUGGCGCGAGAGGACAACGACGGAGACACGCAGAGCGAUUUUGGAAGAUCCUAAUAUCUGAGUCCGCCUUCCUGAUCUGGAAGCUGCGUUGUGAGAGAGUUAUCGGACACGCCGACGAAGAUGACUGGGAACACACCGGUCAGGCAAUCCGAGCCAGAUGGACUAGGGCCAUGAACGAAAGGCUACAUCUUGAUAUGGUGCAGACGCACAGGCGAUUCGGCCGGUCCGCAGUCAAAAAGGACAAGGUCCUGGGAACGUGGAAUGGCACACUGUUUGAUGAGCUGGCCUUACCGGAAGACUGGACUACAUACAAUAGGGUUUUAGUGGGUAUUGACGCGACGCGUCUCGACAUACGGGACGAUGGUUGA